CGACGCAUCGUGUAUACAUUGAUUUUGAUUUCGCUAAACAAGACGCUAUAUAAAAGGUCUCUGUUGGUCAAGACGCUCAAUAGAUCGUGAACACUGUCAAGAGACUCGUCCAGUCAUACUUCUAGAAUUACUUUGAUAGCUAUCUAAACAAAAUGACCAAACCAAGUGAACAUAUUAAACGGCCAAUGAAUGCCUAUAUGGUAUGGUCAAGAAAGGAAAGACGAAGAAUCGCUGAGGAAUGUCCGAGGAUGUUGAACUCUGAGAUUAGUAAAAGACUUGGACUCGAGUGGAACUCUUUAACGCACGAGCAGAAACAACCAUAUGUAGAGGAAGCCAAGAGACUUCGCGAACUUCAUAAGAAAGAUCACCCAGAAUAUAAAUAUCAGCCAAAACGAAAGCCAAAAACGUGUUCCAAGUUGAAGACACCGGGAAUGAAUCCUUACAGCUAUGGAUAUGGAGAGAUGAACGGCUUGAAUCUUCCUUCGUCUACGGCGUUAUGCCCUCCAUCAUUAUCAUCUCACAUGGUUUCGAGUGCUGCAAUGAUGAGCAUAGGAAGUUGUGCUGGAGCUUGUUCGAUGGCAGAACCUCCACCACCUUACCAUUUUUCACCACACUAUUCCUUCCAAGGCAUGUCGGACUAUAAAACACCUUGCCAAUCUCACAUGUCACUGAUCAGUAGAGAUUUACCCUAUCCUCCUCCUGCAGUAGGGUAUUCCCCACAUGGACCUACAAUUGGCCAUCCAAUGCAACUCAGUCACGUUGUCCAUCACAGAGGCAUUUUACCCGAGUCUAUGGCUAGCAGUGUUGUACAUACGCCAACAGCCAUAGACGCAAGGAAUGGUCUACCAAGACAUCCAUUAGACUGUGUGGUCAUGAGACCUGAUGGAUUUUGAGACAUUUACAAGAACAUUUUUGAUACUAGCAUUUUGUAUUCAAAUAAUUUGGCUUUUAAAGCACAAAUAAUAGGUCCUAGCUUAUAGUAUAAUUAGCGGUCUAAAAAACCUGAUACUGCUCCGGUGGGAUUAUGUGAAUGGACUUUGACAAUCACAAGAUUCAAUGACCGCAACAGCCACGACUUUUUGUUAGAGAAAAAAACAAAUUAAUCUAUUUUUAUUAUUAUUUGAUUUCUGUAACCACAAAAAACUGUUUUCAAAAACGCUCAAAUUUCAUUUUUGAUUCCUAAGGAAAUCGCUAGUGAGAAUCUAAUCACACUAAUUAUAUCUUCACCUAUUUUAUGGUCAUAUGACGAUUGAUUUUGAAAAAAAACAUUUAUAAAAUAAACGAUUUACUGUGUAAACUUCAAUUUUGUAUUCGAUUCAGUUAUGUAAAUAAAUACUUACUUUUAAAA